AUGACGUCACCGAAAACGGAACGGACCGGAUUGGGAUCGGUACGGUCUACUGCCUUUGUCACUAGACCGAUUACGUCAGUGACGACGCCUCGUUUACAUCACAACCAGGGCAAAAUGGAGAUUAAGUUACUCAAUGUCAUCUUGAUGGGAUUCGCUUUUAUGUUUAUUUUCACCGCUUUUCAAACUUGCUCGGAAAUUGAGCAACGUGUGUUGAAAAGUGCGGAACAAGAGGCGAAAAUGCAUAAUACCACUUUCACAGCGAGCGGCUAUAAUAGCUUGGCUAUAAUUUAUAGUGUUUUUGCUGCUUCAAAUUGGCUGGGACCAUCAGUAGUUAGUGUUAUUGGUCCAAAAUAUUCCAUGUUAGCUGGAGCUAUUCCUUACUGCUUAUUUAUCGCAUCAUUGAUACAACCUUUGGCAGCAACUCUGUACAUUGCAUCAGCUUUAGUAGGAGUGGGGGCAGGAAUUUUAUGGACGGCCCAGGGUAACUUUUUAACCAUUAAUUCUGAUCCUGAUACGAUCGCUCGUAACAGUGGCAUAUUUUGGGCUUUACUACAAUUUAGCUUACUAUUUGGUAAUUUAUACGUUUUUUUGCAAUUGGAAGGAGUCAGCAUUAUAUCUGAUGAAUACAGAUAUAUCAUCUAUUCAGUUCUUACCGUGGUAUGCGUUAUCGGAACAUUAGGUUUACUAACUUUGCGGAAACCAAAAGUAUCGGUAAAUAAUGCCUGCUACCCUUUACAAACUACCGUUGAUCAAUGUGAUAGUUAUUUAAAGGUACAUGAUAAUUUGCAUAUCAUAAACUCAAAGAAUGCAUCAGAAGAAGGACCAUGGCAAGCUUUUAUGCGAUCUAUUCACUUGCUUACGACUAAGGAAAUGUUACUGCUUAGUGCUGUAUUCGCGUAUACAGGAUUAGAAUUAACGUUCUUCAGCGGAGUAUAUCCAACUUGCAUUGGUAACGCGCGGCUAAUUCACGAUCCAGAUAGAUAUAUUGGUUUAGCAGGAAUAUUUUUAGGCAUUGGCGAGAUCAUUGGCGGUGCCUUCUUUGGAAUAUUUGGUAAAAAAAUACUUCGACAUGGAAGAGAUCCCGUCAUCCUUGUCGGUUUUAUAAGCCAUGCUGCAGCCUUUUUCCUAAUUUUUAUGAACAUACCUAGUAUAGCACCGAUAUCUGCUUCUGAAACUCAUGGUUACUUAAUCGAGCCAAGUGCUACCUUGGCUGUAGCUUGCUCCUUCUUACUAGGAUUGGGCGAUAGUAGUUUUAACACACAGAUCUAUUCUAUCCUUGGAUUUAUGUACACUGAAGAUAGUGCACCAGCUUUUGCAUUAUUUAAAUUUGUGCAGUCAUUAUUUGCGGCUAUUGCGUUCUUUUACAGUGGGCAUGUAAUGCUGCAAUGGCAAUUAUUGGUCUUGGUGAUCAGUCUUUUCUUUGGAACUUUAUGUUUCUUCUUGGUGGAAUGGAGCACAAGUAAAAUGGCCAGACAGGGUUACAUAUCUAUAUAACUAAAAUGAUCAACCCCUUAGAGAUGUUUAAAUCGCAAUAAUCUUUCGAAAAAUGAAUGGCUACAAUAACACAAUUAUUUCAAUUUAAUGCAACUCUUUUCAUCUUGUCAACGAUUAUGUCAAUUGCAUACAGUCAUUUUCUUCAUCUGUUGAUAAUCCUAUUAACUAAGAAGAAUAUAACUAAAAAUUGUAUAAUAGUACAUCAAUAAACUACUCGCGAAAUAGUGCAUCUAAAUAAUAUCAAUUUAGAAUAUAAUAAUAAGUUUUAC